GUGUCUUGGAACUGCUGCGGCCGCCACCGCCGCAGCUGUAAGGGACCUGCACGGGUGCGCAGGCGAAAGGCGCUGUUUGCCUGCGGAAAGUUCCCACGGAAAAACUACCAUCUCCCCAGCCCACCAUGGCAGAUGAAAUUGAUUUCACUACUGGAGAUGCUGGAGCUUCCAGCACUUACCCUAUGCAGUGCUCGGCCCUGCGCAAAAACGGCUUCGUGGUGCUCAAAGGACGACCAUGCAAAAUAGUAGAGAUGUCAACUUCCAAAACUGGAAAGCACGGUCAUGCCAAGGUUCACCUUGUUGGAAUUGAUAUUUUCACUGGCAAAAAAUAUGAAGAUAUUUGCCCUUCUACUCACAACAUGGAUGUUCCAAAUAUUAAGAGAAAUGAUUAUCAACUGAUAUGCAUUCAAGAUGGUUACCUUUCCCUGCUGACAGAAACUGGUGAAGUUCGUGAGGAUCUUAAACUGCCAGAAGGUGAACUAGGCAAAGAAAUAGAAGGAAAAUACAAUGCAGGUGAAGAUGUACAGGUAUCUGUCAUGUGUGCAAUGAGUGAAGAAUAUGCUGUAGCCAUAAAACCCUGCAAAUAAAUGGGAACAUCAGGCAUGAACAAACUAUUUAGGUCUGGAUCAACUGCAGAUCUAAAGUUUGGUUCUAAGUUGUCACCAAA